CUCCUAUAUAUACACUGACACUCCACACCCCUACACUCACUCAGAGAUCAAGCUCGCCAUCGCCAUCGACGUCCACAUCCACUAGCCGCACGCACACAUGGCGCCCCCGAAGCUCUCCUUGCUGGUUCUCCUCGUCCUCCUCCUCCCGGCGGCCGGCAACGCCGGCGCCAACAACGUCGCCGCCGACACGCCCCCGGGCGGCGGGGGCGGGGGCGGCUUCAACGUCUCGGAGAUCCUGGCCAAGUUCCCGGAGUUCACCCUCUUCAACUACCUCAUCAGCAAGACGCGCGUGGCCAAGGACAUCAACAGCCGCAACUCCGUCACCGUGCUCGCCCCCGUCAACGCCGACGUCGACUGGCUUCUCCGCCGCAGCGCGCGCCUGCCCCGCGCCGCCCUCCUCGAGCUCCUCUCCGUCCACGUCGUCCUCGACUACUACGACGCCGCCAAGCUCGCCGCCCUGCCCCGCGGCCGCGGCGCCAAGCCCAUCGUCGCCACCACGCUCUACCAGACCUUCGGCCCCGCCAACGGCGACAAGUCCGGCUUCCUCACCAUCACCCCCGCGCCCGACGGCGGCGCCGUCUUCGCCUCGGCGGCCCCCGGCGCGAUCGUCAACGCCACCUUCAAGAAGGCCGUCACCGCCAGGCCCUACAACAUCUCCGUCCUCCAGAUCAGCAACUUCGUCGUGCCGCCCGGGGUCAUCACCAAGCCGCGCGCCCCGCCGCCGCCCAAGAUGAUGAGCUCCGUGUCGGCCGUCGCGCCCAGCCCCGCGCCGGUGAGGUCCCCGUCGGCGUCGCCGUCCCCGUCGUCGCUCCCGUGCCCGCCCGUGACCAUGCCCAUUGAGGAGCCCAUGGAGGAGACCCCGGCGUCCGCGCCGGCGCCGUCGCAGGGCCACGCGCUGCAGGCCAUGAUGGACUGGUGGUCCGCCGCCGGCGUGGCGCUGGGGAUGGCGUGCCUGCUGGCGCACUUGUAGGUCGCAGAUUAGAUGAGAUCGGUCGGAAAGCCUCGAUAAAUUUUGGUCUUCAUUAGCUUGCACUCAUUCGGAACUCGGAUUUUUUUUCUUAGAUUUUAAUUAUUUCCUACAAAAAUUUGUGAGAUUUGUUAUGAUUCAAAAUGCCUGCCCUGUGGGUUCUGGCCUGUGUAAAAUCUAGGGGAUUAUCCAACUUUUCAUCCUUAUUAGACUUCAAAAUGGCUCGAUUUACAGCCUCUAGUUCUCAACACCA